AUGACCUUUACCGUGUUCGUCUCGGCGUUUGCGCCGUUUGGCAAUUUUACACUUCAGACCGCGGAGGAUGUCACUAUAGAACAGCUAUUUGACGAGAUUGUGGAGAAGCGACCCCUAUUGGAGCGGGUCAGCAGCCUCAGACUCUGCCCAACGUCGCAACCGCUCGCCGGAGCGUCCACAAGGCUCUCAGACCUAUGUGAGGACGAUGAAUCCAUGGUCUCAUUCCGACUUUCGCCCAGUUUGCUUGGUGGAAAGGGAGGUUUUGGCUCGCAGCUCCGAGCUGCCGGUGGGAGGAUGAGCAGUCAGAAGACGAGCAACAAUGACUCGUGUCGUGAUCUCUCUGGAAGACGGUUGAGCACACUCAAAGAGGCAAAGAAACUUGCCGCGUAUAUAGAGAAUGAACCAGCACGACGGAAAGCCGCUCAAGACCAACAAAAGGCCAAACUGGAAAAGCUGGAGAAGCAGCUGGGCAUCACCCCCGGUGGCUCCAAGGACGGUCAGCCUGCCCAUGCGGGUAUGAAGCGAAGGUUAGAUGAUACCGAAUUCCUCGAGGAAAGCCAGGAGUUGGUGGAUAAUGUCAAAUCGGCCGUGGUCGAAGGUCUGCUCAAGAAGCGCAAAAAGACAAAGAUGGAGCCUCCUGCAGUACCCGCAUCGGCGACGAGUUCUGAGACGACGGCCGCUCUUGCAACGACCGCUGUGGCCUAG